UAUUGCAGAGGAAAGUGUCGCACAGCCACAGCACAUGGGCAGGGUACUCACUCAGGAAAUAAGUCAACCUACAACUGCAUCUAAAAUAGGAAGAGAUAGCAGUGUUGCUGUGCAAGGAUCUCUUUUUCGUUUCCUCCUCUACGGUACGUCCAUAACGACCAUUGCCGGGUACAACUAAAUGUACAACUAGACUACUUAUUCCAGUCAGAGACAACGUUAAGGAUGCAAGAUACCAUUCUUCGGGUGUUUGUGCUGGCAGUUAGUCUACUGUAUCCCAUCCCCAGAGAGGACAGAACAGGACAGGUUCAGGAGCAGGAUGAUCACAUAAUGGGCAUGCAGGAGCGUGAAGAUUGGCUGCUGAGGGAGAGGGCAAAGCUAGAACAGGAAGUGUCACCACUGGUAACCCAAGAGGAAGGGCCCAUCGACCAAAAACCCUUACAACUUGAAGUACAACAGGCCGAUCAAAUUGACCAGAACCAUUAUCAAAAGGGCUUGGAAGAGACUCUCAUCGAACAGAAACAUUCUCAAGAGAACAAAGAGAAAGAUGAAGAGAAAGAGGGAUCUCACAUUGACCAUAAGCUUUCACAAGUACACCAAGAUGUACCUAAGACAGAGCAAAACCAAUCACCAGAGGACAAGGAACAGUCUACCGUUGACCUCAGCCUAUCAUUAACCCUUUCACAAGGAAACGACCAAGAGCAGCAUGCUUCGGACACAGAGGCAUUUCACAAUGACAAGAAGCUGUACCACUUGGACAAGGACAUGGCGAAUGUCAAUCAACAGUGGCCACAAGAGGUCCAGACUGGUAGUUGCAAUAGUGACCAACAGACAUCACCAGAGCGUCAGGAAGAGUCUCAGGUCGACCAGCAGCAAUCUAAAACAGACCAGGAAGCAGAACAGGAGGUGUCACCUAUCUUCAGUACAUCAUCAGAGGGGAACCAGCAAGAGCAUCUCACAGACCAGCCGUCUAACACACAUCAGGAAGUUAAAGUACCACCCAGCCUCAGAAAGUCAGACGACCAGCAACAUCUCACAGAACAAUAUAACACAAACCAGGAAGAGACACCGAUUCUCAGCGAAGCAUCAAAGGAUGACCAGCAGCAGGAGCAUGUCACUAAUAUCAUAGACUCGGAGAGCGACUACACCUGGUACCUAUGGAACGCAUACUCCCUCAUCUCUUUUGUUCAUUUCUCCAUUAAAUUCUUCAGAAGACGUUCACAGAAGAAGCCCCAUCCAGGAGAGAUCAUUCAGGAGGAUAUGGAAGACAUCUCUGUCGUGAAAAACCUCUCGGCUGACGUUCCUCUACCGGACCGUGACACACUCAACCGUUUUUACGACAAAUGUGUCAAAGUCUCACCCAAUGAGAGCUGGAGGGUGACUGAGUUUGUGGAGGGUUUUGCUAAUGACCUAUUAGAAGCCAUGAGGAGCAUGACUGAUGUGGAGGUUGGCAUGGUGAUUGAAGACUUUGUGGUGGAGAGCAGGAUCAGUUCCCUUGUGUGUGACAUCAUAGUCCCCAUUGCCCCGUUAGAGCCAUACAGUUUCCAGUUUCAACUCUGGUGUAACCAGGCUAUUGAUGAUAUGCCACCUGAAAUGGAGGGCUGUGGUAGAGUCAAAAUGGUGGAUGGUGGUGUGAACCAAAAUGGCUGCCCAUGUCACACAGCUGCCAUAGGAGAUGAUGAUAUGCUAUGCCUGCUGUGUUGUGGCAAUGAGAAAGUCAAAGUGGUGAAAGUCACUGAUGUAUUGGAUAAUGCCCUUUGCUCAAAACACACCCCUUACCUGGCCAAAACCCAGGUUACCAAAUGGUUCCAGACCACGAUUAGAAAAGCUUGGGGACAGAUAUCCCACAAAUACGAAUUUGAGCUGACAUUUCGCAAUAUGGACGCCCCAGGAGCUCUGAUGGUUCGAUUCAGAUCAGGGAAGGUGAUAGCCUUCGAUAUGGCUCCCGUGGUGAAACUCAAAGACACUGAAGCUUAUUUCACCAUUUCUCCUUCCACCCCAACUACGAACAAAUCCUUGGACACAUACUGGAGCCUCUCGUUGACCACUUACGAGGACCACUUCCUGAAGUAUCUGACCAAUCACCUGCCUGAAAACUCCUGCCACAUUCACUGCCUUGGAAUUGUAGCGUUCCUUCACAAAAAGCAAACGGGCCUCACAGGCAGAAGUAUCCUGACAGAUCAUCACUUCAAAACAGUGUUAAUUCACUUGCUUUUGAGUAAAGAGCCUUCUGACUGGUACCCUGAACACUUGGCUAGCAGGUUACGUGAUGCAUUGAGCUUCCUAGAAAAUAGCCUUCAGGGCAGGAAGUUGCUUCACAGCUUUAUUGGAAAGCCUCUGGUUCCAAGUGAGAUUGGACUCCCUGCUGUAUUUAGUGAUGCAGAGCCUGUAAACCUCUUCCGCCCUCUUGGGGUACAAAAUGGCAGCUACACCAAGACUGUAAAGCACUUGCAAGAGAUGCUCAGGAACUCUUCCAUGCUGAUACAGGAGUAUUUGCCAAAGCCAAAGGAAUGCAAUGGUCUGGACAAAACUUCAACUGGCAGAGUGUUGAACAAUUUAAGGUCUAUACUGGACAAUUAACUGUAAAGAUGCCAAAUCUAAAAUGACAUGAGGAAACAGUGAUUUCAUGUUAUUGAAAUGCAACUGAAAAGUUCCACCCCACCACCAAGACCCAAAUAAAUGCUUAUUUGAAGUUACCCGAAAUACUUUAGAAUUUUUCCAACGUGGGCCAAAACUACAUUUAAGUGAUUUCCUAUAGCCCAAUUGAAAAAGUAAAAAUAUUUCCAAAUACCAAACAGACCUGGGGUCAACUGCGUGGUAGUAUAUACACUGAACACAAUAGUUAGAUCAUAGAUCAGUAAAUUGAAAUACAUUAGGCCCCAAGCUACAUAUUUCACAGGACUGGGCAGGAGCACAGCCAUGGUGGGCAUUCCCACACCCACCAACUUGGGAGCUAGGCAGAGCCAGGCCAAGCCAGUAGCAAUGAGUUUCCCCCCCACAAGAGGGCUUCAUUACACAGAAGUACGCCAUUUAUCAGCUGUCUGAGUGGCUGGUCUCCAAUGACCCUACAGAUGAAGAAGCUGGAUGUUAAGGUCCCGGGCUGGUAUAGUUACUCAUGGUCUGCAGUUGUGAGGCCAGUUAGACAAUGCCCAGUGUUCUAAAAUGUGCGGUAGUUUAUGGUAGUGAAAUUAACAAAAUUCUGGCAAACGCUCUGGACACAAUUUAAACAUUGUGGUCGUGUGACAACUGCAUAUUUAUGAGUGUUUUUUUGUUCCCAUCACAAGGUCCACCUGUGUGAUGAUCAUGCCAUUUAAUCAGCUUCUUGAUUUGCCACACCUGCCAGGGUGAUGGAGUACCUUAGCAAAGGAGAAAUGCUCAAACAUGGAUUUCAACAAAUGUGAACACUUGAACUAAGCUUUAUACGUAUGGAACAUUCCUGGGUUCUUUCAUUUCAGCUCAUGAAAUUAAGUUCACAUGUUGGAUUUAUAUAUUUGGGGAUUUUAAAAAUUAUAUACCAAUAAUUUCCAAAUGCAUUCCAAUAUUCAACUACUUCAAAAUAAAUCAUCACCAAAUA